UUAAUUUACAGUAUUUUGUACAUCAAUCACGUCCUUUCCGAACAAUUAACUUUGCUUUAACUACUACAACUGUAAUGCAUACUUUUCUUGUGUAAGAGGUGAUUUUAUGUGUAUAUAUAUACUUGCAAUGUUGCAAUCUUCUUCCAAAUUGCUUUCCAGUUUUCAAUAACGGAGCUAAAAUACUUUUUCUUCUUCAUUGUUGUUAAGAUGCAGGGUGAAGGAAAUAGGUGCUUCAAACUAUUUCAUGCUUCAAUAAUUGUGGUCCUAAUUUUGUUUCAAUGUUGCAACCUUUCCCUAUCCUUUGAAGUCAAUAUUUCUUCAGGAGGGGCUGGCCACAGGGAUAUUGCUAAGGUGCCGAAGAUGAUGAGGUGCAUAGACAGGGAAAGGGAAGCACUCCUUGCUUUCAAACAAGGCCUCGUGGAUAGCAACAAUCUCCUCUCUUCGUGGGGAAGCGAAGCCCAAAAACAAGAUUGUUGUGCAUCGUGGAAAGGAGUCUAUUGUGAUGAAUAUACCGGUCACGUUGUCAAACUUGAUCUCCAGGACCAUUCUCUUGGUGGUCGAAUAUCAAGUCAGGUUGGAAAUCUUACUCACUUGCAAUAUCUCGAUCUCAUCCACAAUGACUUUGCUAGUGUUGCAAAUCUUAAUUCAUGGCUCCCUCGCCUUUCAUCGUUAAUCUAUUUGGGUCUCAGUUCGAGCAAUCUCAGUAAUUCUUCUGACUGGUUAGAAGCAAUUAAUAUGCUCCCUAAACUUACCAAAUUGUCAUUGUCUUUUUGUGGUCUUCAUUCUCCUCUUAUUCAUUCCAGUACUUUUUUUAACAUAAAUUCUUCAAAAUCUCUUGCUCAUGUUGACCUCAGUUCCAACCAACUUACUUCUUCAAUAUUUUUAUGGUUGUCAAACUACAAUGCCAGCCUUGUUCAUCUUGACCUCUCUGACAACCAAAUUGAAGGAGGGAUUCCGCAAUCUUUUUCCAGGUUAUGUAAUCUGCAAGCAUUGAAACUUUCCAACAACACUUUGAGUGGACAGCUUUCCAGGUUGGUUCAAACAUUAAUGUCUACAUGCCCUGAUCAUAACUCAUUUGAGAUUCUGGACCUCUCAGACAAUCUUCUUUCUGGAUCAAUUCCUAAUGUCACAAACUUUUCAUCAUUGAAAGAAUUAUCUCUCUCUAGAAAUCAAUUGAGUGGAACAAUACCUGAAAGUAUUGGGCAAAUGCCUAAGCUCGAGAAUAUCGACCUUAGAAAGAAUGCUCUAGAGGGGGUGGUUUCAGAAAGCCACUUCUCCAAUCUCUCCAAAUUAACUUCUUUGGAUUUGUCCUUCAACUCACUAAAUUUAAACUUCAAUUCUAAUUGGGUUCCUCCUUUCCAAUUGGAUUUCAUAUAUUUGCGAUCUUGCACAAUAGGUCCGCAUUUUCCAAAAUGGCUUCAAACUCAGAAAAAUUAUUGUUCUCUUGAUAUUUCAAAUACAGGAAUUUCUGAUAUCCUUCAAGUUGGUUUUGGGACAGGCUGUCUCAUGAUGGUUUUUUGACUAGUAUGGAUCUCCCUCUGAUUGAUAUGGAUCUCUCCAACAACCAAAUUAGAGGAAAAAUUCCAAAUUCAAGAUUUGAGUUUCCCUCAUCUUUCCAUCCUAGCAUGAAUUUGAGUUGGAACCAAUUGGAAGGUCCAAUCCCUUCAUUCCUUUCCAAAGCGUCAUCUCUAGAUCUCUCCAACAACAAGCUUUCAGAGUUAACUUCUUUCUUGUGUCCAGUCAAGGUUAGUUAUUUAGGCUUUCUUGAUGUCUCAAGCAAUUAUUUAUAUGAAGAACUUCCUGAUUGUUGGAUGCAUUUUGAACAACUAGCCUUCCUAGAUUUGAGUUACAAUGCUCUCUUUGGGAAAAUUCCUGCCACAAUGGGCUCUUUAUUUUCAAUUCAAACACUGAAGAUGAACAAGAACGGAUUUGUUGGAGAAUUGCCUUCAUCCUUGAAGAAUUGUACAAGGCUCGUGGUCAUUGAUGUUGGAGAAAAUAAUUUAUCAGGAUUAAUACCUGAAUGGUUAGGGGUUGGACUUCCAAAGUUGGCUAUCCUUAUCCUCCGUUCUAAUCACUUCUAUGGAAGCAUUCCGUUGCAGUUGUGUAAUCUGAAGCACAUUCAAAUUUUGGAUCUCUCGAUAAACAAUAUCUCCGGAAGCAUACCCAAAUGCUUCAACAAUUUGACUAAUUUGGCUGAAAUAGGAAAUUUAAGUCUAACAGUCAGGCAUGAGUAUGGCGUUAACGUCAGUGAGCAUGGUCCAGUCAGUUAUGAGAAUGGCAUCAUCCGUCGUACGGAUACGACUUUUUACCAAAACGCUUCUUAUGAUGACGAAGUAUCCUUGAUAUGGAAACGCACAAUGUCCAAAUACAAAAGUACUCUGGGGCUUGUAAAGAGUAUUCAUCUAUCGAGCAAUCGGAUAGCUGGGGAGAUUCCUAAUGAAAUCACUGAUCUUGUUGGGUUGGUUUCUUUAAACCUAUCAAGAAACAAUUUAACAGGUCAAAUAACUCCAGAGAUUGGGAAGUUGGCUUCGCUACAAUCCCUCGAUUUGUCAAGCAACCAAAUUUAUGGAGGAAUUCCACCAAGGCUUCUUCAGAUUUAUGGUCUUGGUGUCUUGGACUUGUCAAACAACAACCUAUCUGGAAAAAUUCCCAUGGGGUCUCAGUUCCAAAAUUAUGAGCCCUCUAGUUUUGAUCGGAAUCUUCUGCUUUGUGGAAUUCCACUUCAACAGUGUCCAGAGGAGCAACCAGAGGAGCAUCCAGAUCAAGUUGAAAAGAAGGAUGGGUUUAUAACAACAGGAUUUUAUGUGAGUUUAGCGCUUGGAUUUGUUGUUGGAUUUUGGGGAAUUUGUGGGAGUUUGAUAUUCAUCAAGUCAUGGAGAUACACAUACUACAAGUUCUUGAACUGUGUGUAUGAUUGGCUUUAUGUGAGGGUGGUGUUGAUAAGACGACGAAGAAUGGUUGAUGGAUAAACUCUUGUGCAUCAACCGUUUGCAAGCCAUGCUCCCUUUCAGCUGGAAAAGAAGCAGAUAGAAGUGCAAUUUGAAGUUACAAUUUAGGGGCCUUUAUGUUUUUGCAAUGCGUUAUUUUGAUCGUCUUUGAGGGGGUUAAUUAGGUCAUUUUCGUCCCCCUUUGUGUGUAUUAUUUAUCAUGAUUCAAUAAAUUUCCUUCAAAUAGUUCAAUCAA